AUGGACCAGACUUUAAAUAUUUUAAGUCAAGUUAAAUAUGAUGAUUCAUUAGCACAUUAUGAGAUUCAUUCUCAUCAACCUUAUGUUUCAUCAGCAUUUAAUGAUAGUGAUGAAAUUCGAAUUGCUGUUCAACAUCAAGAUUUAUAUAUUCUUUCUAGCAAAAGUACAUUACAUGUGCAUGGAAAACUAACAAAAACUAAUGAUACUGUUGCGACAAAUACAAAACUUAUUAGUAAUGCUAUUUCCUAUCUGUUUAAUGAGAUUCGUUAUGAACUUAAUGGUGUUGAAAUUGAUCGAUGUAAAAACGUUGGUCUUACAACCACCAUAAAGAGUUACAUUUCUGAAACACCUAGUCAGAUUAUUUACGCUGAGAAUGCGGGUUAUAUUAAUUUUAAUGAUGCCAGUAGAGUGACAAAUGAUGCAGGUUAUUUUGAUGUGAAUAUACCACUGAGUAUGAUUCUUGGAUUUGUAGAAGACUACAGAAAAAUAGUUGUAAAUGCAAAACAUGAACUAAUUUUAACAGGAUCCCGUACAGACCUUAAUGCUGUGGUUAAUAUUAAUGGAGUUGAACGUGAAAAAUUUAAAAUUGUAAUUAAUAAAGUUGAAUGGAUGAUACCAUACUUAUUUGUUGGUGAUCGUCAAAAAAUUGAUUUAUUAAAAUUUAUUGAAAAAGAUCCGCUUAUAAGUAUAAGUUUUAGAUCUUGGGACAUGUAUGAAUAUCCACUAAUACCAGCAACUCAAAAACAUGUUUGGACUGUAAAGACUUCUACACAAGUUGAAAAACCUCGUUAUGUUAUUCUUGGUUUCCAAUCUAAUCGAAAAGAUAAUCCAACAAGAUAUUCCAACUUUUUUGAUAACUGUAAUCUGAUAAAUGUUAAACUAUUUUUAAAUUCACAAUACUAUCCUUAUGAUUAUGCACCAUUGGCUGUUAUAGAUUGCUUAAAGCAAAAUGAAUUUCUUAAACAAGUUUCUGUAGAUGUGCGACUAGAAUUUGAAUCUAGUAAUAAUUUUUCCGCCAAUACAGCGGCAUAUUGCUUAAUUAUUCACGAUCGUAUUAUACAGUAUAAGCCAAUCAGCGGUCUUGUUAAAAAAGUAACUUAA